AAAAAAAAGGAAUAUGGACUGAUAAAAAGAAAAAGAAAAAAAUUUUUUAGUGGUUCUGGUCGCGUCUAUACUGCUUAUGAUAGAAGAACUGGCCAAAUUGUGGCUGUAAAGAGGAUGGUUUUUCAGAGUCAACCGAAGAAAGAGUUAUUACUCACUGAAAUAAAAGUUAUGCAAAAGUACAAACAUGAGAAUCUUGUAAAUUAUAUUGAUAGCUUUCUUGUGGAGGCCGAUGAUUUGUGGGUUGUAAUGGACUAUCUUGAGGGCGGGAAUUUGACUGAUGUUGUUGUCAAAACUGAAUUGGAUGAAGGUCAAAUUGCUGCUGUCCUAAAAGAAUGCUUAAAAGCCUUGAAUUUUUUGCACAGUCAUAACAUUAUUCAUCGCGAUAUUAAAUCGGAUAAUGUUCUACUUGGAAUGCAUGGGGCAGUUAAAUUAACGGAUUUUGGGUUCUGUGCUCAGAUACAGCCUGGUACCAAAAGGGCUACAAUGGUUGGUACACCUUAUUGGAUGGCUCCUGAAAUUGUUAAUAAGGAAAAAUAUAGCUAUAAAGUGGAUGUAUGGUCGUUAGGAAUAAUGGCUCUGGAAAUGCUCGAUGGUGAACCUCCUUAUUUAUAUGAAACUGCGCUUAAGGCAAUUUAUUUAAUUGCUCGGAAUGGAAAGCCGGAAAUCAGAAAACGGAACCAGUUAUCACCAGAAUUUAUUGAUUUUUUGGAUCGUUGCUUAUGUGUGCAAGAGGAUGAACGUGCAAACACAGAUGAACUUCUUCGGCAUCCAUUCAUACAAAUGGCUAAACCAUUGUCAUCUCUUAUUCCUUACAUACGAGCAGUAAAAGAAUUAAAACAACAACAAGUUUAA